ACAUCGUCUGCCCCUCCAACCUCUCUUCGCGUUCAAUUUCCGACUAUAAACAAUAUGCCUUCUGUUGAAGAGAACGCACCCGAUGUCGCAAACACAGCCAUAGAAAUCUUCCCUCCAGACGAAGAACAAAAACUCCUCCAAGAAUCGAACACGGAAAAAACAUCCGCAAAUAAGAGAUUCACCUCAGGCGAUUACUCCUCUGCAGUCCAGGGCUACGAAAAGGCCCUCGCAUCAUGUCCGACAUACCUCGAAUACGAUGUCGCCGUCCUUCGCUCGAACAUCGCUGCAUGCCAUCUCCUACUCGAAGAAUGGAAGAUGGCCAUAGACUCCGCAACACAAGCGCUCGAAGCCCUGGACCGCGUUGAUCCUCCGUCCAUUGCACCCAAAGAAGGCGAAGAAGGCACUGGAUCGCUUGAGGAGAUCGACGACGCGACAGAGGUUAGGAUAGCGGCGUUGUCAAGGACGGGCAGGACAAUCAACGAUGUCCACAAGAUCAGAACGAAGGCUCUACUCCGGCGUGCAAAGGCGCGGCGCGAGAUAGGAGGCUGGGCGUCAUUGCAAGGCUCUUUUGAAGACUAUCAGGCGCUGUCUAAACCGCCACAUGCGCUCACCAGCCUGGAUCAGAAGACAGUGAAUACAGCGUUAAGGGAACUACCAAUUCAGCUAGAAGAGGCCAAGAACAAGGAAAUGGCGGAGAUGAUGGGGAAACUGAAGCAAUUGGGUAACGGUAUCUUGAAACCGUUUGGGCUGAGCACAGAUAAUUUCCAGUUCACAAAAGAUCCCAAAAGCGGUGGUUACAGUAUGAACUUCCAAUAAUGAGGCUGGAGUCAUUGAGGCUGGCCAAUGCUACAGACGCUUCCUGCUUCAUUUUUGUUCUGGUUUAUUGCGGUAUAGAACCCGAUACCACUUGCGGCGGACAUGACAUGAGCGAAUUAGAAAAUAAACAUGUGACAAGAUAAACCUCUGACGAAAGAGCACAAAACAUCUGUACACAAUUAGAAUCCCAAUGUAGGACUUGGUUCAAGGUAAUUAGUGAAAAAUAUUCAGAACAGUAGGGAGGAAUACAAUUCGAGGUCCCAAGCUGCCAAUUUUGGAAGUACA